AAUACAUAAUAGAGCAACAGUCAACAGUUCACUCAUAUCAUUCAUUGAAAGAGAAUUUUCGUUCGUUCAAAUUGAAAUCAGUUUUUUCUAUGAAAUUUGAAGCGUUUUGAAGACUGAAGUGGUUAGAAAGAAGUACUUACAACCGUCUAAUAUCUAUUUCACAGAACCUAUUUUCGCAUUCUCGUCAUUUCCAGUAACUUUGCAUCAAAUCCUCAACAUGUAUUCCACUGUGAUCGUCCCCAAACCUCAUCAGAUGAUGACCUGCCCCUACAACAAGGCGCACCAAGUGGAACACUACCGCAUGCACAUACAUCUUCAGAAGUGCCGCAAGCAAUAUCUGGACAUGCCCAAAGUGUCCUGCCCACUCGACAGCACGCAUGUGGUCAACGAUGCUGAGCUGGAUUUCCACGUUUCAACCUGCCCAAAGCGUUUCCUCUUUGACACUCAAAAAUACGUGGUUGAAGACGAGGUGGUGCCGCGCGAGCUGCCGCCAGUACCCGUCGUGCAGACGGACGAGAACUGGGAGGAGGAGCCGAGUACCUCCUUUGUGCCAGACAUGUCUAAGAAAGGGCCGCACAUCAUCACUAAGAUCAAGGGCGCUACGCCCUCCCAACGCCGCCAGGCCCGGAUGGAGGGCGUUAGGAACUAUCGGCCCCUGCCUUCUGCCUCAGAGUAAGAACUUAACACAGUCUUGCCUCUCCUGAGGCGAAGAUAAGAGGACCAAUAGCAUUAGAUCUCUUUUUCCGCUCAGUUCAAUUAUUAACCAAUUCUAUUGGUUGCUUCCCGCAUGUCUGUCAUCUAUGUCUCCGUGGAGGCAGCCUUAUCAGUGUUGUCAGGGCUUCUGCCUCAUAAGCAGAGCCCGUACAUUUCAUGCCGUUGACAGAAAAAUGACGUCACGCUACAUAGAGUAUGAUUCCAAUUAGUAAUUUCGUAAUAAUUAAUCAUUUGUCAACCUCUUUAGGUAACUGAUACAUAUACUUGUCAAUCAGUAUAGAAAUGUCUAACUGACUUUCAUUUUAGUGUCACACAAAUAAAUAAUAGAUUAUUAAUUUAUGAAAUAAUACAUAUUUUUGGUUUUUAACAGCGUAACAAGCUUUUAUUCACGUAACAAGUAUUUAUUAUGAUACCCAUCAAUAAGUAAGCUAUCUAAAUUUGUAGUAACUCCCUGUAUAUUAAAUUACGUCAUUUUUGCGUCAACGGCAUGAAAAGUACGGGCCCUGCUCAUAAGCAUAGAGAAAUAAGUAAGGAUAGUGCUAACUCCGUACAUCAGUUUUCUUACCAAAACGCGGGUUAUUUCGUAGUCGACAUCUAGCGUCAAGUAGCGACUUUAUCAGACAGGCAGGUGUCACAAAUGUCGCAACUGAAGUAAGUAUUGCUAACACUAAUAAAAAUAAAAUAAAAUAAAAGUUUUAUUUUCAGGCAUCACGUACAUUAGUACACCCAUAUCACACUAAAAAGAAUUGUUUAAAACUAAUAUUAAGCAGGAGUUGAAAAUAGAGUUCCGGUUAAUCCGGUUAUAAUAUUAGCUGAAAAUUGUUGAGCAUUAGAUUUUUCGUUCAUCGCGACAUCUAUUGUCAAGUAGCAGUACUGAGAAAUCCGCUGCUUGACGCUAGAUGUCCACUACGAAAAUAAUACGCGUUUUGGUAAAAAAACUGAACUAUGGAGUAAGCACUCUAUCCUUACUUAUUUAUCUUUAUCUAUGCUAAAGUAUAACACUGUAACAUAUCUAGUAAGACAGAUAACUUAUUUUUGUUUCCAGUAUUGUUAUUGGAUAAUAAACAUAGUAAUUGAUGUUAUUACGUUUAUUAGUAAAGCUCUAGUGGUGCUAAUUCCCGAUGGGAAUGGCUACUGUCAAAGUUUUUAUAGAUGGCGCCAGCAUAGGCUUACCUGUCUCUAGUUUUGUUCUAUGAGAUUUGGCUGAAAGGGCCAGGCAAUAAAAAAAGUAUUUGAUAAUAUUCAUAGGAUUUACAGGAAAAACCUAUGCCAGCGCCAUCUUUAAAAUACCAUUAUCAUAGGCCUUAAAACUACCUCGUUAUGUUUAGAAUUAGAAUACCUCGUACAUAUUUAUAAUAUGUAACACAGAAUUAUAAGUACAGUCGAGUUCAUGAAUAUAUAUUUCUGCACUUUAAUCCAUUGCAAUAAGGUGAAAAAAUGUAUACAUAUUUACUUGAACUUGACUGUAUAUAAUGUAUAAUAUGUACAGAAGGCGUAAAAAGCGCCCAAAAUACCACGGCUUCUAGACUUUACUUUACACCUCUUACUAAAUAACUCUCUACCACUAACAAAUUUGGUAACCAGGUGACCAGAACUCAUUGCAUCAUAAUUCCAUAUUUCUUACAUACAGUCACGUCUGAAAACAUCGACACGAUCGAAGUGCCCAAAAAUAUGUAUACACGACCUUAUGGCCCUUAUAUUAGGGUAGUGUGUACAUAUUUUUGACACUUUAUCCGUAUCGAUAUUUUUAGACGUGACUGUAAGAGUAGCAAAUAUAAAUGACAAUUAUUAUAUAGGAGAGUUUAAAAAGGCGACUUGCAAGGAAGUCUCCAUAAUGGCUCAGUUGUUGGUCGAUACGGCCCGCGUGCGGGGUGCGGGCGAUUUCCAUAAAGCAUGUCAUUAUGAGUUUCACUAGUCGUUAUACCACCUUACCGCCUGCGGGGACUCACCCGCAUGCUGUACAUACUGGAAGAGAUCCCAUACAGGAAUAAGUUCGCCUUUGUUGUAUUUAAUUUACUCUGUAACUGUGUUUAUCGUGUUUUUAUUUCUAUGUACAAUAAAGUAUAUAAAUAUAUCGACCGAACUAUCGACUGACAACUUUCACUAGUCUAUAUAUCGCCUGCGGCAAAGAGAAUUAAGAAGACCAAGAGUGCUCACUCCAUACAACGGUUUUGUUACCAAAAAUACUAUUAUUUUCGUAGUCUACAUCUAGCGUCAAGUAGCGGAACUCUCAGUACUGCUGCUCGACCAUAGAUGUCGCGGCAAACAAAAAGUCUAAUGCUCAAAGAUUUUCAGCUAAUAUUAUAACCAGAGUAAGCGUAGGAGUUAAAAAUGUAGACUUUUUGUUUGCCGCGACAUCUAUUGUCGAGUAGUAGUACUGAGAGUUCCACUACUUGACGCUAGAUGUAGACUACGAAAAAAAUAGUAUUUUGGUAACAAAACCGUUGUAUGGAGUGAGCCUAUUGGUCUUCUUAAUUCUCUUUGCCUGCGGGGACUCCCGCACGCUUUAUAUCGACCGAAUUAUCGACCAAUGAAAUUGAGCGAUAAACGCUUUUAUUUGCAUAGCUACAUAGAUCGUGUCAUUCAUGAAGACGCGUGCCUUGACGCGUAUUGCAAUGUUAUUAAAGGUGAGUUUUGGCAAAUCUGUGCGUCAUCGUGGAUGACACGAAAUAUAGAACGUUCCAUACGAAACAUUUAUGCGGUCAUCCACAUACUAUGUCACGGCAACAGGGGGUUUCAUGUCAAAUGUAUACAUGUUAAAGAGAUGGUAAAAAGCGUGACA